AUGGAGGAACAUUCAGCAAACGAUAACAUAACAUUUGAGACGCCUGGAACUACGAGCUCAAUAAUAAAGACGGUUUCGAACGGAUGUGACCUAGAAUUGAAUGGAGAAAAUAAAUGGAAUAUCCAAUUACCUUCAAUAAUUUCUAAUCAACAAAACGAAAAAAAUAUAAAUCAUACAUUGUUUGGUAUUAGUGGGCAAGAUGAAUGCAUGAAAAAUCAAAAUAAUAAUAGUACGAGUAAUAAUAAUAAUAAUAAUAAUAAUAAUAUUCUAUUCUUUAAUUAUCAUGAGUUUCAGGAGACAUAUUACUUUGAAGUAGAUUCUUUAGAAGAAGGACCAAAGGAACAUGACACAGGACAUUCCAUAGUGAUUACUCACUUUCCUAACAUAUAUGUGUCGCCAGACUCAACAGAAUGGAGGAAAACAAGAAUAGUAAGAAUACCUCGUUCGUAUGACCAGCGAGUAACGUAUCCAUGCUUUAGUGAAUAUUUACCUGGCCAUGAACCAGCAGCUAUUAUUGUAAGCGAUAAAAAUGCUAGGGAUAAGUUUAUAUGUCAGGGGAAGAGUCCUCGAGAUGGACAAUGGUAUGGAUACGGUUCGAUAUCGCCGUUGUCUAUAUAUUUCACACAGGAUAAAUUUCAAGAGAUAAUCAAAAAGAUCAAUAGCUUAAUUGAAGAAGACUUCCAAUUAGGCGGAUGGAUCAAUAUAUUUGAUCUAGUGAUGGAAUAUUUCACUUUUGGGUUAUUUAAUUUUUCAAAGAUCAUCAAUUGCCAGCUUCGGAACCAAGGGACAAAAGUGGACCAAUAUAUUACAGAAUUGAAUAGCACAGAUGAGUUCAUACGACAUGGGAUCCAGAUCAUUCCAUUGGCACGGUCAGCAUAUUUGUCUUUGGAUUUUCAAAUACCUUCUCCAACACCUACCUAA